GGAACGUUCGACAAAUUAUACUGAACUAUUGCAGAGACAUAAUGCCCAAAAUUAAAGUAUAUAAUAUUUCAGAGAAUGUUGACAAACAUGUUGCGGAGAAUAAGAACCGUGAAGUUACACCCACACAAGACAUUUACAAUGCAGAUUUUGAGACUGCAAUAUCUGCCACAAAAUUUGGAAAGUUUAACAUACUUCUGUUUUUGUUAGUGAUUCCCGCAGGAUGCACUUUUAUGUUGGAGACAACUACAAUGUCUUAUGUCUUUCCAGCAGCACAUUGCGAUUUAGACUUAUCGUUAAACGAUAGGGGAUUUUUGAAUGCCAUCACGUUUACUGGAAUGAUUUCCAGUAGUUUCAUGUGGGGAUUUUUGUGUGACACGCUUGGACGAAAGAGACUGAUGGUUAUUGGUUAUCUUUUGGAUGCCGUAUUCGUUAUAAUGAGUUCGUUUUCCCAAAAUUACACUUUUUUAUUAAUUUUUAAAUUUCUUGGUGGAUUCAUCAUUAACGGACCAUUUUCUGCUUUAACUGCUUAUUUAUCGGAAUUUCAUUGCUCCAAAUAUCGUUCACGGGUUCAGUUAGUAAGAGGUACCAUCAUUAGCUGUGGAACUAUGGUAUUGCCACUAUUAGCAUGGGCAAUUUUACCUCAAAAAAUUGUUAUUACACUUUUUAAUAACAGCGUGGUACUACGUCCUUGGAACCUGUUUCUGUUAGUAUGCGCCAUUCCGUCUUUAGUUAGUGGAAUAAUAUUUAUCUUUAUGCCAGAAAGUCCUAAAUUUCUGAUGACAGUCGGACGCAAUGAGGAAGCUUUGGCUGUAUUUCGGACAGUGUACGCUCUUAACACUGGAAACAAUAAACAAAAUUUUCCGAUUCAAACUCUGUUAGACGAAACAAAAACUGAAGGGCGAGAAAUGCAAAAACACGGCGGACAUAUUACUGCUGGCAGAAGCAAGACUCAAGCAUUGAGAGAAGGCUUCCAACAAAUAAAACCAUUAUGUUUUCCUCCUCACCUCAAGCACAUUAUUUUGGUCUGUUGCAUGCAAUCUUUAAUAAUGUCAGGAGCAAAUACAUUGAGAUUAUGGUUACCUCAAAUAUUUCAGGCAAUUAGUGACUACGAGUACUAUAACAAUGGUAGUACCGCUAGUCUUUGUGAUAUGUUGGAAGCGCUUGAAACAUCUACACAAUCAGACAUAUGUUAUGUUAAUUUUUCUCCAACGGUUUACGUGAAUACAAUAAUCGUGGCAAGUGUAACAAUAUUUGGAUUUGCGGUAGUUGGAUCCUUAAUCAAUAAACUAGGCAAAAAGACACUGCUGGGGAUCCUAGCAUUUAGUGGCGGAAUGUGUGCUAUGUCAAUGUAUUUUGCCCAAAACACUGCCGUGGUUGUAGUAUUGUCGUCUUUAUUCCUAUCAGCUGGAGGUAUUGCUGGAAAUGUGCUCUUAACUAUUAUCAUAGACUUAUUUCCAACAUCGUUAAGAGUUGUAACAAUUUCUCUCGUGCUGAUGUUCGGUCCACUAGCGUCGAUGACUGGGAAUCUGGUUUUUCCACUCUUGUUAUCAUUAGGCUGUGCACCGCCAUUUUUCACACUAGGAUGUGCGCUAAUAGUGUGUUCCUUCCUUGUGAUGAUUUUGCCAAACACAGAACGAAAAGCUCUCAACUGACGACAAUAUUGCUGUAAUAAUAUUAUAUUUAUUUA